AUGAAGCGCACCAACAAGGUUUCGGAUCUUACAUUCUCGGCAUCGCAAAUUGAAAGCGAUGAGUUGGGUCAAACAAUGGUUGAAAUUCCAUUGGAGUCAAAAAAUACGGAACAAGAACGAUCAGAAACAGAGAGUCAGCUGAAAAAUGGUAGCGGUUCAGAAUCAAAUCGAUCUGGUGACACCGAUAAGGCAAAAACAGACGAAGAAAAAGCUAAACUUAUACCGUUCUGGCAAAUUGGCUUUUUGCAAUUUCUUCUUUCGAAAAUGAAGCGCACCAACAAGGUUUCGGAUCUUACAUUCUCGGCAUCGCAAAUUGAAAGCGAUGAGUUGGGUCCAACAAUGGUUGAAAUUCCACUGGAGUCAAAAAGUAUGGAGCAAGAACGAUCGGAAACAGAGAGGUAUUAUCGUUAUGCGAAACCACUCGAUUACUUUUUUCUGUUACUCGGCAUCCUGCUUGGUGUUGUACAGGGAGUCCUGCAAUCAAUUCAGAGCAUAAUAUUCAAACAUCUGUCGGACACUUUAGUUGAGGGCCAGGCUACCUGGAAUACAAAAUUUUUCAAUGAGACCAAGUUCCACAACGGCGCCAUGCACGCCAUUUACAUGUACACUGGCUAUGGUACUGGUGUUCUCAUCUUGGCCACCGUUUCAAUGAGCUGCUGGCAUAUACUGUGCGAGCGUCAGAUUCAUCAUAUCCGAAAACAUUAUUUUGCUGCCGUUAUGCGCCAAGAUAUGAGCUGGUUUGAUAUGAGCUGCUGGCAUAUACUGUGCGAGCGUCAGAUUCAUCAUAUCCGAAAACAUUAUUUUGCUGCUGUUAUGCGCCAAGAUAUGAGCUGGUUUGACGUGCAUGAAUGCGGGGAGCUGACUACAAGAAUGACUGAUGGAAUUGAUCGGAUCAGAGAUGGCAUCGGUGAUAAGAUGGGCACUUUAUUUACAUACGGAGCAGGAUCUGUUAGUGGAAUUGUGGUUGCUUUCACAUGCAGGUAA